AUGCGGCUGCAAAUAUUCCAGGUCGAUGCGUUCACCGAUACGGUGUUCGGCGGCAAUCCCGCUGCCGUCUGCCCGUUGGAUUCCUGGCUCGACGAUGCCACGCUGCAGGCCAUCGCGUACGAGAACAACCUGUCGGAGACCGCGUUCUUGGUGCCCGCCAACGGCGCCUACGCCUUGCGCUGGUUCACGCCGCUGGCCGAGGUCGAUCUGUGCGGCCAUGCGACCCUCGCCAGCGCCCACGUCGUGUUUCAUCAUUUGCGGCCGGAUGCCGAUUCGGUCGCUUUCGAUACCAGGAGCGGGCGGCUCGAUGUGGCCCGCGACGAGGACGGCCUGACCAUGGAUUUCCCGGCGCUCGCGGCGGACCCCGUGGAAACGCCGGCCGAUCUCUCCGCAGGCCUCGGCGCGGCACCCGUGGCCGUCUUCGCCGACAUGGACUACCUCGCGCUCUUCGAGACCGAAGCCCAGAUCAGGGCGAUCGCGCCCGACAUGGCGGCGCUGGCGCGGCUCGACGAGCGGCGCGGGGUCAUCGUGACCGCGCCGGGCGAGAGCGCGGACUUCGUCUCACGGUUCUUCUGCCCCCAGACUCGGGGUUCCCGAAGACCCGGUCACCGGGUCGCCCACUGCAUGCUUGCUCCUUCUGGGGCGAGCGCCUGGGCAAGACCGCCAUGCACGCCCACCAGGUUUCGGCACGCGGCGGGGUGGUGCACUGCACGGUCGCCGGCGAGCGUGUGCGACUUGCCGGACGCGCCGUUCAGUACCUCGAAGGGACAAUCACGGUUUGAGCCCGAGAGGCCGCACCGGGCCGUACCGCGCAUGAAGCCCGCCCGUCCGUCCCGACACCCCCUCUUCUCCUCCGGGCGUGCCCAAGCGGCCCGGAUGGGUCGGUGGACGUCCUCUCGGGGAGCGCUGCUCGGCAGGUCCCAUCGGGGGCGCGAGCCGUGGCGCGCAUCCAGGAGCUGCUGGAGCGAUCGCGCGCGCUUCUCGGGCUGCCGGACGAGUGGCGGAUCGGAAUCGUUCCAGGCUCCGACACCGGCGCCAUCGAGAUGGCCAUGUGGUCGCUCGGCUCGGCCCGCGCGGGGUGGACUUCCUGAGCUGGGACAAAUUCGGGGCGCUUUGGGCGCACGACGGCGCCCGCGAGCUGGCCCCUGGACGCAGCGCGGAUCGAUGCGCCUUACGGCCGCCUGCCGACUCGCGCAGGUCGAUCCCGACCGCGACACGGUUUUCGUCUGGAACGGCACCACCUCGGGCGUGCGGGUGCCCGAUGCGGAGUGGAUCGCCGCCGAUCGCGCGGGGCUCACGCUCUGCGACGCCACCUCCGCCGUCCUCGCCUAUCCGAUGGACUGGACCAGGCUCGAUGCGACCAGCUACUCCUGGCAGAAGGUCUUGGGCGGCGAGGCCGGGUUCGGCAUGCUGAUCUCGGCCCGCGCGCGGUGGCGCGGCUGGAGAGCGAAGACGCCGCCCUGGGCCGGUGCCCAGAGUCUUCCGCCUCACCACCGGGGACGGCAAGCUCAACGAGGGCAUCUUCCGGGCGAGACCAUCAACACGGUCUCGAUGAUGGCGGUCGAAGACACGCUCGACGCGCUCCGCUGGAUCGAAUCGAUCAGCGGCCAGACGCAUGAUCGCGCGGGAACCACGACGCGCACAAUCGCGGCGUCAUCGAGUCGCGGCGCGACUGGAGUCGACGUCGCUUCGCCAAGUGCACGGAGACGCGCUCCACACACUCGGUAA